CAAAACCCAUAAGGCCAUCCAAGCUUGAGUUGCUGCAACAGGGGCGACCUAGACUCAUUGAACACAAGACAAGCACCAUAGUUUUGUCUGAGACGCCUUCGAGCAAACAUAUGGCAAGACUUGCUUUCCUUGCAAUAGCAGUGGUGGCUGCCCUGGUGGAGGGCUCAACGGCGGCAUCAUACACCGUCGGCGAUGACUCCGGCUGGAGGAUCCCCUCUAGCGGUGCCAGCUUCUACUCCGACUGGGCGGCGAAACACACCUUCGCGGUGGGAGACUCUCUAGUUUUCGAUUUUGCCACUGGACAACACGACGUCGCCACAGUGAGUGAGUCUCAGUUCAGCAGCUGCACCGCCGGCAACCAGAUUGUGACCACCGGUCCGGCAACCAUCAAGCUAGACUCAGCCAGCAUGAACUACUACAUCUGCACCAUCGGCAGCCACUGCUCCUCGGGCCAAAAGUUGAGCAUUAAUGUUACUUCUGCUGCCACUCCGAGCGGCAGCCCCCCGCCGCCGGCCUCUCCAGGCAGCAGCCCGCCACCGCCGGCAGCCACUGCUCCUCCGCCACCCAACUCUGCCCCGCCGGCCGCCGUCGGCGCCUCCUCCUUCAUCAUCAUGACCAUUGCCAUGGCUUUCCUGUAGCCCUUAGAAUAGUUUUUUUUUUUUGGUUCUUUGUUUGUAUGUUUGAUUGAGUUGUCAUGUGGAUUGAUUUACAUGUUUAAAUUUUUCUGUCUGGAGACCAAUAAAUUAGCUUGAGGUUUAGGUGGUGACUUUUGUAAACGUGAUAGGCUGGCUGCUAUUGCUAUUGCUAUAUAAUAUAGAAGGAUCACCUUUUUUCAGUA